UUCUGGGUAAAAAGUCUUAAUCUAGAUAUGCUAACUUUGCCGUAGCUUAACAUACAGGAUAUGGUCUGUAGGUCUCUUGCCUUCCAGCCAAACUUACUUUAAUAUUAAUCUAUAAACCUAUUACAAUAAACCAAAUACUUAAACUAGAAGAAAAGCUCUAGCUGUGCAAGCAAGCAGGUUAACAGCCCUGGUGUGUGCGGAUGUCCGGGGAUGUCCCCUGCCCGCGGCGGUUUCAUGCCUUUGCUCUCGCUCCGCAGCCCUGCUAGCCGGGCGGCAUGAAGUUGGAGCCGGGGCUGAGCAGCGACCCGCAGCUGCAGUUCGUGGUGGCGACGGAGAAGGAGUUUGAGGAGAUCCUGGCCAUGUCGAAGGGCAUCUACGGGGGCCUGGAUUAUCUCCCCAGCCGCUACCACGCCUGGAUCCGCGAGCCCAACCGCACCGUGGUGCUGGCCAAGAAAAACGGAGUAGUGAUCGGGCUGCAGUCGGUCUGCGUGGUGGACGCUGGGGAGACGGCGCUGGUGGAGGGGCUGCGCGUGGCGCCCUGGGAGCGGGGCAAGGGCAUGGCCGGCGUCCUGCAGCGGUUCUGCACCGAGCUGGUCAAGGAGCAGCACCCCGGGGUCAAGGUGUCACGGCUGACGCGGGACGACAAGCUGGGCCCCAAGGACUUCAAGAAAUACCGGCUGAUCACCAAGCAGGGCAUCCUGCUGGUGCGGUUCAACGCGGCGGAGCUGCUGGCCCGGCUGGACGCGGCCGUGGCCCAGCUGCGGGCGGGCGGCUUCCAGCCGCUGCCCACGGAGGCGCUGGAGCCGGGCGAGGUGCGGGGCCUGGUGCUGAGCCCGGCCUUCCAGAGCGAGGUCCUGCCCAACCGCACCAUCAUCCAGGACUGGCAGCCCUACAAGCCCAGCGAGCCCAACCUCGCCCUGCUGCAGCAGAAGCAGCUGCACUGGGUGGUGGAUUGCAAGGCCCGGCCCACGGCCGCCUCCCUCUGCACCCAGCCCUUCCCCAUCCCGCUGGGCGAGGACUGGGUCUACCUCAACAUCGACGCCUUCGGCCGCCACCCCGCCCAGCUCAAGAGCCAGCUGCUGCACCACCUGCGGGCCCGCCUGCCCGCCCUGCGGGGCAACGUCAUGUGCCAGCUCUUCCUGGAGCCCGGCCUCUGGGGGGAGCUGGCCGAGUUCUGCCGGGCUGGCCUGCGGCUGGAGCUGGCCAAGGGCUACACCGAGCAGUACCUGCUGGAGGCAGAUAUCUAGGGAGCUGGGGGGCAGGGGGAUGCUCCCGCCCCCCCACUUCCUGGCCCUGCAGAAGCACUUUCUGAGCCUUGUUUCUCAUCCCUCCCCAACCCGUUCCUGGCCCCCUAGAGGAACUCUCCUAGGAGACGUGACCCCCCCCCCACCCGCUUGGCAAGCCCUAGCGACGGUCGAUAGAGCUGAGCAACGGUCGGCAUGGCGAUGGAACCUAGUGAUGCAACAGAGCCCAGUGAUGGUUGAUGGAGCCUAGCAACAGUUGACAUGGUGCCAGGCCCCAGAUGGUUGACAUGAUGAUGGAGCCCAGUCAUGGUUGACGGAGCCUAGCAACAGUUGACAUGGUGCCAGGGCCCAGAUGGUUGACAUGAUGACAGAGCCCAGUGAUGGUUGAUGGAACCUAGCAACAGUUGACAUGGCAACGGAGCCCAGUGAUGGUUGAUGUAGCCUAGCAACAGUUAACAUGGUGAUGGAACCCAGAGAUGGUUGGCAUCGCAAUGGAGCCCAGUGAUGGUUGAUGGAUCUUAGCAACAGUUGACAUGGCAAUGGAGCCCAGUUAUGGUUGAUGGAGCCUAGCAACAGUUGACAUGGAUACAGAGCCUGGUGAGGGUUGGCAUGGCGAUGGAGCCCACUGAUAGUUGAUGGACCAUAGCAACUCUUGACACGAUGACAGAGCCCAGUGAUGGUUGAUGAAGCCUAGCAACAGUUGACACGGAGAUGGAGCCCACUGAUUGUUGAUGGAGCCUAGCAACAGUUGACACGGUGACAGAGCCCAGUGAUGGUUGAUGGAGUCUAGCAACAGUUGACACGGUGAUGGAGCCCAUUGAUGGCUGAUGGAGCUGAGCAACAGUUGAUGUGAGAAUGGAGCCUAGUGACGGUUGGCAUGGCAACAGAUCCCAAUGAUGGUUGAUGGAGCCUAGCAACAGUUAACAUGACAACAGUGGUUGACAGACCCUCCCACAGGCUGGUGGAUCCCUGAGACGGUCGCCAUGCCGACGGAGCCCUAGCAAUGGCUGCUGGAAACCCAUGUGCAGGGCUCAGCUCUCCCCUCCCCCUAAAAAACCCGCCUGGAAGCCAGGCCUAGAGCCCCCCGCCCCCCCAGUGAUGCCUCUAAACUGAGUAACGUGCAAUAUAGAGUCUCAUAAACGGAGAUAUAUUUAUAAAGUCGCCUGCAACACGAAUCCUCCCCCCUCAUCAUGCCAUUAGAGCCCCCCCCCAGCGCUAGAGCCCAUCCCCCCCAUCCCGCUGCUGGAUCCCCUCCCCGGCACUACACACUAAACCCUCCCCCACCCCCAGCGCAUUUCCCCUCCCCCCUGCCCGGGGAGGUCAGGAGCAGGGAUCCUGCCUCCCUCCCUCCCUCCCUUGGGGCAGUAACUUGUGGGGUGCCCCUCCCGCCCGCUUUGCCUUUGCUGUCCCAGGCUGGGCUGAGCCCACUGUAUUAUUAACGCUAGUCUCUGAUCCAGGUUAGAUCAGCGAUUCCCCCCACCCCAACUCCGGGGCUGAACAGAAUGGGGGGGGCUGGGGGCCCUGGUUUCUUACCCCCCAAGUUGUGAUUCCCUCCCCCCAUCCCAUGUGGCAAUAAACCCC